UAUCAAGGAUAAUGUAUUUAGAAGGUUGAUUUUUAUCGCUUUUGCUGGGCGACAUUGUGGGGGACAUCUUUCACUCUCUGCAUACAAAUUUCAUUACCCCGCACCACCUCUCCCCGAUUUUUAUACCGGAGCCCCCGGAAGAGAAAUGUCAUGUCGAGAAAUGUCAUUUUGCUCUGAACAACUUCACCUUGUCAUUUAUAACACCUUGGCAGAAAUCGAUAAACCGGCAUCCGCCGGUCCAUUUUGCCCCAAUUUUCCAUAUGUACGCAUGAGGGGCGACAGCUUGACAGCUGGUAUGGUUUGUUGUUUUGUCUGGCCUGCUUCGCCUGACACAACGUCGGUAAACAAUCGCUACGCUACACGCCCUGUUGUUCCCCGAAUCCGACCACAUCCAACCGUGGCGGAAAAUCGUGUGGUCGUGCCAGAAGUAAGAUGUUUUCCCUGCUGGCACGGUGCCACUAGACUCGCGCAUCGGUUCGUGCGUAAAUCCGUCGCAGUGUCCGCUGGCCGCCGUGCAUCGGUUCGUCGUUCGGUGCGUAUGCUUGCGGGUGCAUACGGUAAAUAGAAACACACACACGCAAGUACACGCACGCAUAGCUACAGGUCUGGAAAAUUGAGGUCCCCGCAAUAUGUUGCGGGUGGCGCACGCGAUCACGAGGGCGUAAGCAGAAACUUUCCCCUAUUCCCGUUGGUCAAACCCGCUCAAUGUCCUUUCCCAAACAGCGCUUCGUGCGGCAGUGGUUGCCUGGGUGAAAGGAGGGUGGUGGGUGGCUAGUGUGCGAAGCGCGUACCAAUAUUUGUGGGUACGCGAAAAAAAAAUCCAUCAAAAACAGUGUUCCAGGUGUAAGCGCACCAGCCGCCAGUGGCUUCUGUGCAGGCGUGACCUUCCGGCAUGAGGGUACAGUACUGGAUCGGUGCGAUAGCAGCUGUCCUCUGUGCCGUGUGCGUGUACUCGCCCAUUUUCCUUUACUUUCUGCUGUUCGUCCUCUACUCGUUGGUGCUGAUUGCUGUCGCGGUGUUUGGCACCAUCUAUGUGCACUACAAGCUAACCAACCGUGAACCGGUCUCGUACGUCGACCAAGGGGAAGACCAGCAAGCGAAUGUCCUGUACAAUGCCACACGCUCGCCGCUGUUUGGCAACGGUACGCCCGGAUCCUCGCCCGGGAUCUCCCGCCACCAGGGGGGCCGUUCGGCGGGCGGCACCGGUGGAUCGACAGGCGGGUCCGGCCAGCCCCAGCUGCCGAUCAUCUUCGGGCGCACGGUCGACGGGCUGCUGCAGCAGAUCAUCGACAACGCGAUGCGCGAUCUGGUCGGGCCGGCCCUAGAGCUGGUGGUCGCGAACCCGCGCCGCAUCGUCGAGCUGCUGCGCGAGGACAUCUGGCUCAGCAUUGAGAAGCUGCACGAGCGGGCCGCCCGCAUCGACGCACCGAAGCUGAUCGCUUGCGACUUUGUUGCGAAGGUGACGCUGCAUCUACAAAAGAUCCGCCGGCAAACGGCGGCGGCCACGAACGGCGGGACUAAGCGUGAGGGUGGGCCAGCGGAGGCUACGGGCGAACAAGCCGAUCCCGUCGUGACCGCCUCCUACCUCGCGUCGACCGAGAAGGAGCUCGACUUUCUCAAGAAGAUUGGCGAGAUACUGGUCAUCUUUCUGCUACCGCGCGGCUACUCGCUCUCCCCGGUGAAGGAUCUGCUGAGCGAGGUGCUCGCCUACCGGGUGCUGCACCCGGCGAUCCACUACCUGACCGCGCCCGACUUCAUCAACCAGCAGAUCGUGGAGUGCAUCGAGACGCGGCUGGUCGCGGUCGCGAUCCAGAAGCGCAGCCACGAGUACGCGGCCAACUUCGAGGACUUUCUGCGCAUCAUCGACAUGACGCAGACGGUCGAGGAACUGCAGUCGAUACGGGCGAGCAUCGUGAGCGACAUCCGGCAGGCGACGGCUAUGCAAACGAUGCAGCGGACCCGGGGCGGCUUCGCGAUGGCGGCCUGUGACGGCGCCGACACGGGCGGGUCGGCCGACAACGGUGGUGCCAGCGGUGGUGAUGGGGAGCCGGCGGCCGCCACCCAGCGCCUGAAGCGCUACAUCCAGCAGCUGUCGUACGCGAAAAGCCAGUGCGAACAGUGUCUGGCGCGGCUCGGCUGGGAGGGAUGCGUGAGCAACGAUGUGGACCUGUCGCUCGCCGACAUCCUGUCCACGGUCGGGGGUCGCCGCGCGCUCACCGCAUUCCUCGAGCCGCUCAACGCGGCCAGCCUGGUCGGGUACUACACGACGGUGGAGGAGCUGCGCCGGGCGGCCCGCUCCGCCUGGCACCAGCUCGGGGCGGAGAUUUUCUACACGUACGUGCGGGCACCCAGCUCGGAGAUCCCGCUCGACAAAGCGACGCGCAAGCGCAUGGAGGCGUUCCUGGUCGGGGACGUCGGCGGCCCGGACGUGUUCUACGAGGUGCAGCGUGAGUGUCUGGCGCUGCUCGAGCAGAAAUACUACCGGCCGUUCCUGCUGAGCGACGAGUACGGCCGGCUGAAGCGGUCGCUGACGCAGGACGAGUUUAAGGAGCUGAUCGCGUCGAGCGGUACAAGCGGCGUCAGCGGCGGUGGAUGCGGCGGGCUCGAGAACGAGCUGAUGCUGCAGCACGCCACCAGUCAGGACAGCCAGGAGAGCCAGGAAAGCUCGACAGGCAGCACGGCGAACGGGGGCGGCGGCGAGGGUGCCACCGAUCCGGCCCUGGCCGAUCUGAGCAACCAUUCGCAGUACGCGCGCAACAAGCUGGACCGGCUGGACGAGAAGUUGGCGAAUAAGCAGCAGGCGCUGGAAGCGCUGAAGCAAUCGCUCAAGCCCGACUCGAAGCUGCUGCUGAUGCUGGAGCGGGAGAUCGAAUGGCUGCGGGGCGAGCGCCGCCAACUCGAGUCGCACCUGCUGCGCACCGCCGUUUGGGGCGAGUAUCUCGGCAGCUGGCGGGCGAUCGUCGAGAGCGUCGACUUUUCCGACGACCGGGAGCCGCCCCAGUUUAUGAUCGUGGUGCAGGUGGACGAGAUGAACGACUACGGUAGCGGUGGUAGUGGCGGACGGGACGACACCACCGUCACGACGGCACUCGAGGCGACCGACACGAUCUCGACCGGGUGGGUGGUGGUGCGGUCGCUCGCCCAGUUCCACGCCCUACACCGCAAGCUGCGCCCGAUGUGCGUGGAGCUGCGCCAACUCGAUCUGCCCUCGAACAACGCGUUCAAGCUGUUCUUGCUCAAGAACGAUCGGGCUCUGCUGGAGAAGGCCAAGGCGCAGGUCCAGCGCUAUCUCAGCUUCAUCCUCGAGGACGACCACCUGAACCAGAGCGAGGCGGUGUACGAGUUCCUCAGCCCGAGCUCGGACCGGCUGAAGCAGGGCGUGCUGACCGGCAACCCGUCGCCGUCGAAGAAGCAGACUUCUAAGUUUUCGCUUGCCACCAUCUUCCGCAGCAACAGCGACAAGCUGGAGCAGCUCUGGCAUGUCGGGAGCGGUGGUGGUGCUGGCGGCGAGCGCCCGUUUGGCAGUGGCGGCGGUGGCGGCACCGACCACCAUCCCGACUUCACGCCGGAAGACGCCGACCAGGUGUCACUGUAUCUGGAGGGUGGUCCCGCACCGUCCGGCCCCAGCUCGUCCGGCGCCUCCCCGCCCACCGACGGUGCCGCCGUCGCGAUGGAGCUGCGCGACUCGAUUGCCGAGCCGCUGUACGGGCUGCUCGGCGAGAUAUUCGAUCUCGGCGGCGUGUUUCGCUGGCUGCGCAAGAGCCUCAUCUCGUUCGUGCAGAUCACGUACGGGCAGACGAUCAACCGGCAGCUGCGCGAAUCGAUCGCCGCCCUGUUCGACGAGCCGAUGCUGCACGCGUACGCCAGUGCCGUCCUGCGCAGCCUCUGGCCGGGCGGCGGCACGCUGCAGGCGGACGGCGUCCGGCUCCUGCCGUCCGCCGAGCGUACCGAGGACGAGCGCGAGAUGAUCAUGAACGCGGCCCGGUCCCUGCUGCAGGACAACAUACCGGAGCUGCUGUGCAGCCUGAUCGGGGCGCAGAACGCGCGCCAGGGUGCGCUCAAGCUGUUCGAGGUGCUCCAGAACUCGCUCUACAACAAGCAGCUGUUUUACGAUCUGCUCGAAACGCUCAUGCUGGAGCUGUUCCCGGAGAUACGCCAGCUCAAACCGGCCGCGGCGGGCAGCACCGGCAAUUGUGCGACCGUCGCGCCCGGCCACGCUACCGGCAGUAGUAGCAGCAGCACGGUCCUGCGGCCACGCGAGUACCACCAUCAACCGGCAGCGGCGGGUUCGUCGCCUGCCGCACCGAUCUAUUCACCACCGACGCCAACGGGGGCGGUGGGUUCCGCUUCGGGAACACCUAUUAGAAGCAUAUCAUAAAAUCCCCCCCCCCUCCAUCCACCUUUCACUGCAGCUUUUGCGAAGGAAACUGAUCUUUUUUUUACUCUUUUUUGUUUUGAAAAGUAUUAUUAUUAUUUUAUUCUCUGAAUUGUAGAGGAAAUUUUGGACAAGCAUUCCCCAUGUGCUUAUGCCCAUUCCCUGCCUUAAGGGACCCCCCCUUAUUGACCUAUUGCAAUUUCCUGAUCGUUUGUGUGGGCUGGCGUGGCAGCUAAGACGAGGCCUAAACAGUGCUGCAAAAUGUCACUGACAAUGUCAUACAAAAAUUGAGUGAAACAAAAUCCACGUCAGCGUCACGUACUGAAUUGUGAUAAUCAGAGGCGAUACUCAAAACGGUUGGUGAGAUAAAUGCAUGCUUCGUGACAUUUUUGCGACCAACGCUUGGUCAGUCACUAUGACAUGACUUUUUUUCACUGUGAUCAGUUCUGCAAAAAUGUCGCUGACAUAGUCAUGACAAAUUCCGGCUGAAACAAAAUAAUGUCAGCGUCACGUGCUCUAUUGUGAUGAUCAGAGGUGAGACUCAAACAGCUGUUGCGACCAUCACAUGCUUGGUGACAUUGUGUGCAACCAUCUCUUGGUCAGUCACUUGGUCGCGACAUUUUCUGACGAUGAUAAUCACGAUAGUCAUGGGAGGUAUGCGGUGCGUGCGAGUGCGAAUCUGCUUUGAUUGUCUGUUGGGUCAAACAGAACGAGAAAGUAUGCUCUUUUUGUCGCUCGCGACCAUAUGCCAAGUAUAUUCCAAGAAUACAGGCGGUCCCCGAGAUACACGGUACCUCUUAUACGCGGAUUCGGAGAUACGCGGUUUUCUAAAUUUGACAAUUCUUUGAGCAAAUUGUACUGAUUUGACACAUCAAUUGCAAACUGCCAAAUAAUUUCCGUUUUGAUCGAAUGUUAAAAACUAUUUCAAAAGGUUUAAAACAGUUAUAUUCAGUCAGAAUCAUAUCAAAUAAUUCAUAAAGUGACUAAAACCGCCCCCUACUUGCAAAAUUACACGAAAAUUUGUGAUAUUUUAGCUGGAAAUCACGAGAUUCGACUUACGCGGAAAUUCGAGAUACGCGGUAUUUUGCGGAAGUUUUCGGUCCCCAUUAAUCGUGUAUCUCGGGGACCGCCUGUAUUGUGAUUAUCACCGACAGAAAAUGUCGUGACCAAGUGAGUGAUCAAGAGUUAGGUGCUAAACCAAAUGUCAUCAAGCAUGUGAUUGGUCCACCAACUGUUUGAGUCUCACCUCUGAUCAUCUCAGUUGUGCACGUGAGCUGAUUUGAGCUUCGUUUCAGUCAUGACUGUUGGUGACGGAAACAGUGGCAUUUGGCAGCACUGUUCACAGCCAGAAAUGAUUAUGCUUGUGACAGCAUUAAGCUCAGCUUGUCAGUCAAAGUAUCGCGGUUGACUCAAGCACUCGCAUGCCCUUUCAUUGAGUAUCAGCAAUGAGCAUCAAGCUACUACGAAUAUGUUCGUUGGUGAAUAUCUCGUGAUGCUCAUGACAUUUUGCAGCAAUGCUUCUAACCAUGCACAAACAGUUUGCACCGUUCACGUCCCAUAGGUUUUGUUUGAAAAACUGAAUUGGCCAUUCACUAAAAGACAUAGAUGUAGACCCCUCUCGUAUUAAAUAUCAGUUCCAAAAACUCCCCAAACUGGGGUGAUAGUGCUAUAAUAAGGGUGCAUCUGGCGUGCAUCGACGAGUCUAGUCAAACAUUCGCAAUGACAUAAUCGUACAUGUUUAGUGUGGUGCACGAAGCUGGCCAAUGGGCGAUCGUGUUAGGCAAAGUCCCAGGUUCGUUUGCUUAGCAGGUUAGGUUGAGUUACAACGCGCGUUACCCAUCCUGAGUGCAGCAUUUCCAAUCACUAUGUUUAAGCGUUUAGCCAUAAGCCGGGAACGGGUAGAGUAGGUGGUGUAUUUAAUGCAUUCCUUUGUCGGUACGGUACAGUAUUUGCACACAUCCUCGGAUGCAGUAUUGGGGUUUAUUUGCCGUUCAGGGUAACCAGAAACCCUGCUAAACGUAUUUGCUAAACUAAGACUAUCCAGGUGUGGGCCCUUUUUGCUCACUUGUAGGGUUAAGGCAAUGUGUAACAAAAACAAGUGAAACCAAAAAAACGAAACACUGUAUGUAGGUCUAAUUUUUUCCUCUAUCCCAUCCCACCCAAAACACCCACACAUACACACACACAAAUAGUGCAAGUGGAAAAAGCGAAGAUAAAGCAAAAUAUGUGUGAUGUUGCUGCUCUGCCAGCCUAUCCGCGGUAUGCAUAUCGCUCUAGAAAACGGUGUCUAAAGCUAGGAGAGGUAAAAGAGCAUAUAGCAAAAAACGAAGAAAAUUGUGUGUCGAUGUGCAAAAGAAACGUGUUACAGCAUAUUAACAAACCAAAGCAAACCAAACAGAGCAAAAAACCAGCAUGCGAAGCACCAGCACCUGCUGUGUCCGUGAUGUGUCCUUUCCGUAUACAUAUACACAUGAAUAUGCUUUUAAAUGUGCUGUGAGUGAAUCGAACUGGACAACUGUGUGAAUGAGUACCAUAUGAGCUGAUAAGACAAACCAGAAAACAAUGAUAAUAAAGAUUUAAUCAAAGUAUGUA